AGAGGAGACACGCUAUCGCAGUUUCAGAGCGCAGCUCGUUCACAUGCUGUGCUCAGUUUAAUCAACAACUAUUCGUGUUCAAGACGAUCGCUGAUAGUUCUGUAAAGAUAACAGCAGACUGCGAGGUUUCCAGUAUAGACAGUCUUCCUCAGAGCAUAAGAAAAGCCGCUGUGUUUGUAUUAAUGGAAGAGGCGAGAGUGAGACGCGUCUCUGAAAUGAAAGAAGAGAUGGAUAUCUGCGCAUCCUCCGCGUCUCUCCUUGAGGAAGAACUCGCCUCUGCUAUCGAGCCUGCAGUGAAAGCGGCUGUGCUGAGCGUCAUGUCUGCGUUAGCAAAGUUCGUGGACAGUAAAUGUGCAGUUUUCAAUCUCAGACUGGACGAAAGAGACCAAGAAUUUGAAAGCGUGAGAUUGCGAUUGGAAAUAGCGGAGAGCGAGUUGAAAUCAAUACGAGACGGAGAAUACACGAACACUGCCGAGAAAAACUUCACCCAAUCUCUCACAAACACUGAAACACAAUACCACGGGAGCGACAGUAUUAUUGCUCACGACCUGCCGGCGCGGGAUUUCUCCACUCUUCCAGUUAAGACAGUCAGGGAUCCGGUGCGUGCAGUCCACACCGCACUGAAAAACUCCCGGGUUUUAAUCCAGGAGGAUGGAAGCUAUUCCGAGCAGGACCUGCUGAUGCGAGGUGAUGACUCUGAACAGAGAGACCACACAAGCACAGCGGGGUGGAGAAGAGCACUGAAAGGUCCUGCAGAGAGAAAUGCUCUCCCUCAUGCUGAGGAAGGGUCGAAGGCAGAAUCAGUUCCCAUUCAAGAGGAGCUCUUUGACCAGGAAUGGUGCAGGAGUCCAGAGCAGGCUACAGAGCUGACAUCUAUUGAAGGGGAGGAGGAGAAACCUGCACUAGAUCCUGUCCACAUUAAUGAAGAGAUCCCUGGAAUUGAACCGGUCAUCAUUAAAGAGGAGGUUCUUGAACUUGAAUCUGACCCCAUUGAAGAGGGGGGUUCUGACCACUUUGAAAAACUGCAGCAAAUUCACAUGGGACAGAAACUGCAUCUCUGUACUGUUUGUGGGAAGAGUCUCUGUACAUCAACAGAGCUGAAAAGACACCACCGAAUUCACACAGGAGAAAGACCGUACUGCUGCACUGAAUGUGGAAAGAGUUUCAAUACCUCUACAGAUCUGAAAAGACACCAUCGCAUUCACACAGGAGAGAAGCCGUAUUCCUGCACUCAGUGUGGGAAGAGUUUCAAACAGUUACACCAUCUUAAAACACACCAGCUAAUUCACUAUCGAAAGAAACUGUUUCACUGUAGUGGAUGUGAGAAGAGUUUCACUCAGUUAGAAACCCUUACAUUGCAUCAGCAAACUCACACAGGAGGGAAACCUUAUAGCUGUACUGAGUGUGAGAAGAGUUUCAAGCAAGCAUCACAGCUUAAAGCCCACCAGCUAAUUCACACGGGACAUAAACAGUAUCCUUGUUCUGACUGUGGGGAGAGUUUCAUUCUGUCUACAGACCUGGAAAGACACCAGCAAACCCACACAGAAGAGAAACCUUAUAGCUGCACUGAGUGUGAGAAGAGUUUCAGUCAAGCAUCGCAGCUUAAAGCCCACCAGCGAAUUCACACGGGCGAGAAACAGUAUCAUUGUGAUGACUGUGGGAAGAGUUUCUUUCUGUCUGGAGACCUGAAAAGACACCAGCAAACGCACACAGGAGAGAAACCAUAUAGCUGUGAUUUCUGUGGGAAGAGUUUCACCCGUUCAGGAGCACUGACAGUACAUCAGCGAAUUCACACAGGAGGGAAGCCGUAUAGCUGUGAACACUGUGGGAAGAGAUUCAAUCGGACAGAACAUUUGGUGUCACAUCUUCGAGUUCACACAGGGGAGCAGUCCGCUCACUGCGCUCAAUAAGAGAGAUUUUAUUUUCCACUCCCAGUUGUAAAAGCACACAGUAUCCAGACACUUCACUAGGAACAGUAGCACUGUGCCUCCAUCACAAGAUGACUCAGUCUAGUGGAAGCGGAGAGUAUAUAAGACCCUGAGAUGCAAUUUGACUUCUUGAUCCCUUUGUCAAAAUGAACUUGUUGUCUUCUGAUCCCUGGUUAUUCAAAUGUAAAUAUUGGGAAGGACUUGUCUGAUGUUUUGCAUGGGUGUAUAUUAUAGUUUCAUGAAUACAAGCGUCAUUUAAUUCAUA